AUGGCCGCACCACGUAUAGCAUCUCGAGCUAUGAGGAGGCUCGUAUUAUCCGGAGCAGUCUUACGUACCAGUCCGAUGCGAUUGCCUGUCCUAGCAACUGCAACAAGGACACUGUCAUCUACUCCAUCCCGGCUAUCUGACAAACUCAUGCUGCAUCGAGACACACCCGAAAACAAUGACGCAAUCCCAUUCGAAUACACUCCGGAAAACAUGGACCGUGCAAAAGAAAUCAUAUCUCGCUACCCACCUCAAUACAAAAAAGCUGCCGUCAUGCCCUUACUAGAUCUAGGUCAACGCCAACUAGGCUGGACAUCCAUAUCCGUAAUGAACUAUGUCGCUAAACUACUCGAAAUGCCUCCCAUGCGUGUCUACGAAGUAGCCACCUUCUACACAAUGUACAACCGUGAACCAGUCGGCAAAUACUUUCUCCAAGUAUGCACCACGUCGCCAUGUGAAUUACGUAACGCCAGUAAGAUUGUCGAGACUAUUGCCAAGCACUUGGAUAUCAAGGUUGGGGAAACCACUGCUGACAAGAUGUUCACGCUGGUUGAAGUAGAGUGUGCUGGCGCAUGUGUUAAUGCACCCGUGUUGGCGGUGAAUGAUGAUUAUUAUGAGGAUUUGACGCCUAAGGAUACAGUGUGGAUUUUGGACGAGUUGAAGGCUGGAAGGGUGCCUAAGCCGGGGCCGUAUAGUGGAAGGGCGUCGUGCGAGCCAAAGGGAACAUUGACUACGUUGGCGGGUGAGUUGCCGGGGCCGGGACAUGGUGUGAGAGCUGAUUUAUAA